GAAAAACCUAGGUGCCACCAAAUCCACAGGUAUGCAGAAGUUUAUAACAUGAAAUUCUCAGGGUUCAGUUGUAAUUUUAUCUUUUUAAUUUUUAUCCUAUGUUCUUCAAAUCCCAUUUCAAAAAACAGUUCCGUUUCCCUCCAACACUUUUCUCAUUUGUAACUCAAUGCUUCAGUAACUACUCUCAUGAACCACAUCCAUGUAAUCAUUCCCUUAGCAGACUCAAAGCUUUUGUUCCAAUCCCUAAUGAACCCAACUUUAGGGAGCCUGAAAUUGUUCAUUUGUUUUGUGCUAAAGCCCUCAAAGUUGCUGCUAUAAGGGCUUUUCUCCCUGAAGGGAAACAGUUGCAUGCCCAUUUGAUAAAGUUUGGUUUUUGUCAUGUUCUGUCAUUGCAAAAUCAGUUCUUGAGUAUUUACCUUAAAUGCAAGGAAACCAAAGAUGCACUUAAACUGUUUGAUGAAUUGCCUGGGAGAAAUGUGGUCUCGUGGAAUAUCCUGAUCCGUGGCUUUGUUGGAUGUGGAAAUGAAAAUGACUUAUUUCCUCAUCUGGGGUUUUCUUAUUUCAAGCGGAUGUUGUUCGAAAAGGUGGCUCCGGAUGAUAUAACAUUGAAUGCUUUGAUUGGUGUAUGUGCAAAGCUUCAUGAUAUCAAAAUUGGAGUACAACUGCACUGUUUUGCAAUGAAAAGAGGACUUGAUUUGGAUUGUUUUGUAGGUAGUGCUUUGGUUGAUUUUUAUGCAAAAUUUGGUUUGGUUGAGAAUUCAAGGAAGGUUUUUUGUGCUGUUACACAUAGAGAUUUGGUUAUGUUGAAUGUCAUGAUUUCUUGUUAUGCCCUGAAUUGUUUACCAGAAGAGGCCUUCAGGAUUUUCAACUCAAUGAGAUCGGAUGGUGCUAAUGGCGACGAAUUCACUUUUAGCAGCCUGCUAAGUAUAUGUGAUAUUUUAGAAUAUUAUGAUUUUGGAAAGCAAGCUCAUAGUCUUAUUCUGAAACUGUCAUUUGAAUCCGAUAUUCUAGUGGCGAGUGCAUUAAUCAAUAUGUACGCAAAAAAUGAAGAUGUCAUUGAUGCAAAGAGAGUAUUUGACAAGAUGGCGAUUCGAAAUGUUGUGGCAUCGAAUACCAUGAUUGUUGGGUGUGGAAAUAAUGGCAAAGUGAUUGAUGUUAUGAAGAUUCUCAGAGAUAUGUUACUCGAAGGAAUUUUCCCCGAUGAACUCACUAUUUCCAGCGUUCUUAGCUCGUGUGGCUAUGCUUCUGCCAUAACUGAAACUCAGCAAGCUCAUGCCUUAGCAGUUAAGCUGUCAUUUCAAGAAUUUGUAUCUGUUUCCAAUUCUUUGAUUACUGCAUACUCCAAGUGUGGUAACAUAACUAAUGCAUUCAAAUGCUUCAGAUUGAUGUUAGAACCUGAUCUUGUUACAUAUACUUCACUGAUAAAUGCAUAUGCAUUCCAUGGUCUUGGCAAAGAAGCAACUGGGAUGUUUGAGAAGAUGCUAUCGUGCGGCAUAAAACCUGACCGGAUUUCUUUUCUUGGCAUUCUCUCUGCUUGUGUGCAUUGCGGAUUGGUGAACGCAGGACUGCACUACUUCAAAUUAAUGACAGAUGUGUAUCAUAUUAUUCCUGAUUCAGAUCACUAUACUUGCCUUAUUGAUCUCCUUGGAAGACAUGGUUUCAUAAACGAAGCCUUUGAAUUCUUGAAAUCAAUUCCAAUUGAAGCUGAAUCGAACAUGUUAGGAGCAUUCAUUGGGUCUAGUAAACUGCAUGAAAAUAUAGAACUGGCUAUAUCGGCAGCAGGAAAGCUUUUUGCCAUAGAGCCAGAGAAGAUUGUGAACUAUGCUGUCAUGGCUAACAUUUAUGCUUCUCAUAAUCACUGGCUUGAUGCUGAAAGAGUUCGAAAAACCAUGAGGGACAAGAAUGUUGCUAAAUUCCCAGGUUGUAGCUGGAUACAGGUUGGUAAUCAAGUUCAUUCAUUUGUGUCUAGUGAUAAGGCACACCCCAAAGUUUUGCAGAUUUAUGCUACUGUAAAAAUGUUGCUUAGUCCAUUGAAAGAAGAAAAUGGUUUGAAUUUGUAAAUGGUAUACAGAUCAUGAUCUACAACAUAUUGGGCAUAUUUUACAACAACUCAA